CUUGAGGCGCCGGAGAAGUUGCUCGAUCAAAUAAAGCAGAGCGGCCCGGGCGUCUUUUCCGUUUCCCCCCGACCACCCGGAACCCGACCCGCGUGUCCAUUUGGUGUAUGUGAGGUCUGCGAAGCGCACUGAACCGCUAGACAGGUGUGGGUAGCUGGACGGCUAGCUUGUUGGCUAACGGUGUGAUUGUUGAGUAAGAUGAACGGCCAUCUCAACGGUUUCUAUAACGACUCGUUCAUUGACGAGGACUGCUUCCUCUUCACCUCUGAAUCAGUCGGGGAAGGGCACCCAGAUAAAAUCUGUGACCAGAUCAGCGAUGCCGUGUUGGAUGCACACCUCAGCCAAGACCCCGAUGCCAAAGUUGCAUGUGAGACGGUUGCCAAGACGGGGAUGAUCCUGCUGGCCGGCGAAAUCACCUCCAGGGCCACUGUUGACUACCAGAAGAUUGUCCGAGAGACAAUCAAUCACAUUGGCUACGAUGACUCAUCCAAAGGUUUUGACUAUAAGACCUGCAACGUUCUGGUGGCUUUGGAGCAGCAGUCUCCUGACAUUGCUCAGGGUGUUCACCUGGACCGAAAGGAGGAGGAUGUAGGAGCUGGUGACCAGGGUCUGAUGUUUGGAUACGCCACUGAUGAAACCGAGGAGUGCAUGCCUCUUACUAUUGUCCUGGCCCAUAAGCUCAACGCCAAGAUGGCCGAACUGCGCCGAAACGGAACGCUGCCUUGGCUCCGACCCGAUUCCAAAACUCAGGUGACCGUUCAGUACAAGCAGGAUCGCGGCGCCAUGGUGCCUUUGCGAGUCCACACUGUAGUGGUGUCUGUUCAGCACGAUGAGGCUAUUGGCUUAGAGCAGAUGCGUCACUGUCUGAAGGAACAGGUGGUGAAAGCAGUUAUUCCCAGUGGGUACCUGGAUGAUGACACCAUAUACCACCUGCAGCCCAGCGGCCGCUUUGUUAUUGGAGGACCUCAGGGUGAUGCUGGUCUGACUGGGCGUAAGAUCAUUGUUGACACCUACGGUGGUUGGGGAGCUCAUGGUGGUGGAGCUUUCUCUGGGAAGGACUACACAAAGGUGGACCGCUCGGCGGCCUACGCCGCCCGCUGGGUGGCCAAGUCUCUGGUGAAAGCCAGACUCUGCAGGCGUGUGCUGGUGCAGGUCUCCUACGCCAUCGGUGUGGCCCAUCCUCUCUCAGUCUCUGUCUUUACCUAUGGGACAUCACAGAAGAGCGAGAAAGAACUGCUGGACAUUGUGAGGAAGAACUUUGACCUCCGUCCGGGAGUAAUCGUGAGGGACCUUGACUUGAAGAGGCCCAUUUACCAAGGCACUGCGGCUUAUGGGCACUUUGGUCGUGAUGCGUUUUCAUGGGAGGUGCCCAAGAAGCUGAAAUACUGAGGCCCUCUUCUUAUCUCCCAGCACGUCUUAGGUGCAUUAGAGAUAAGCCUGUGUUUUUGUCUGCCUACCUUCCUGUCUGCCUCCUCCUCCUCCCUCCUCAUCAGCACAGCCACAUCAGACCACACUUCAUGAAACAAAGCCCUUUCCCCAGCCGUAAGUGUUACUGUACACAUCCGUAGAGAGAGAGAGAGAGCGCAAUAGUAGUUCUGCUAACAUGCAAGUCAGAUAAAUUAAGGUAUUUAAUUUGUCCGUAUACCUUUUUAGGUGAUCAGCCAGAUUUCCAAUCACUGUCAUCUUUGUUCUGGCAUCUCCCUAAUUUAACUCAACCAAACAUAGGGCUAAACUAUUAUUAGUCUUCUGCUCUCUCUCUUUAAUUGUAUUGCAUCAUGUUCCAUAAAGGCUCAUUUGGGUUUAGGCAUGAUGAUAUAUAGUGGUUUCUUUCUUUAUUUUUUAUUUUUUGUGCUCACCCUUCAGGCCACAGAUUUCUGAUGUUUUACAGAGAAGUCAGAAGCUGCUAAUGACCUUGUGGUUCUGUCGGGCUGCACCUUAAAAUCACUCCUUUUUGGGUUGUUUUGUUUUUUUUGUUUUUUUUUUGCUUAAAUGUCACAUGAAUUAUUUAAAUUGUGUUUGCAAAGGCUUGGUUCCACUUUGACUCUUCCUAAGAGUGGCUCUGGGUGUAGCUACAGAGAAACCCAGACCCACCUCUGGACAGGGGCCUUUCUCCCAAGGCAACACAGUACUUGAAUUGCGUUGUGUAACAGCAAUUGUUAUGGGACCAGCAAGGAAGGGAAACUGAAUAUUGUGUGUUAUGAGGUUUUGUAUUUAACUAAUUUCUUUUUAUUGCACGCCAGUCACACUAGCUUGUAAUGUAUGAAAUGCAGCGUUACAGAAGAACAUCCAAGGCAGAGGCACAAACGGCAAAGAGCUCGGAGGCAGUUCACAUACAGCUUAGUUUUGCUGUGCUUCUCUUCUCAGCCGAGGCAUUUUUGUACAAAUAAGGACUUUGUUACUUUAUGCCUGUGGGUUUCGAGUCUUCCACUGGAAUUGCACAUCACACAGUCCUUGCCAAGAACAUAGAAGCUUCUCUUUCCAGUGUGGACCAGUAGAUUUAUUUCAGCUGAGGAUUUUCCUGAUGUUAACUUAAACAGCAUUAACCAGCACAAAUUCAGUACCUCCUGGUGAUGGUUGGCAGAGAUCGAAUCUUGCUGAGAGGAAUUGUUUGCUUCACCGCUGGUUAAAGAUUGUUUUAUUGGCUUCGCUUGCACAGAAGGCAGCUCAGGCUGAGAAAGACGCAUCUCAGGCCCAGUUGUUCCGCUCAUGUCGACCAUGCGUAACAAUAAUGCUAGGUCAGCUGUAAGUCUGAGUGACCCAUAAAUCAUGAUUGUGAACUGUUGGUUUAAGUUGCGUGGAGUAUGAAUGCCCUCAUCAUGCAGCUAGGUGGCGCUGUGCCCUCAAAGAAGAGUUUAGUCAACCCUCUGAGAAAACUGGUUGGUUUGUUCCACUGGUUCCCUCUUGUGGUUUCUCAAGUUACUUCAGAGACUUCAGGAUUCUCCGCUUGGUACCAAUAGCAAGUUAGCGCAAAGUUCCCAAAGAGUUUUAUAGUAUGUUUGCGUCGUCUAAUUCACCCACAGAUAAGAUGAAUUGGUUGGUGUUGUACAGAGAAACCAACCUGUUUACACAGUCUCCUGUGGGGGAGUUAGAGUAGCUUUUAUUUAAUUUGUUUUGUUUUUCUCAGUUAAAUUAUUUAAGAAAGGUGAAUUAAACCUGUACGUUUGCUUGCUGAAUGUGUAAAAGUGCCUUUUGUCAUUUUCUCUAUUGCCCCGUCCCCAAACAUAUCCCUGUACCCACCCAGCGACCGGCUCCCUCCCAAGGCUGAAAGGUCCUGUCUGUUGAGUUUCUCUUCAAUAAACUGCGCUCUCCUUUGUGACUUUAA